AUGGCAGGUGCCACCAUUUUGCUUAUUCUAGCACCCUAUCUGUUUGUCAGUGCUCAGUGUUGGAGGUCUAUGCUGAGAGCCUUGGACCCCAAGUUACGUGAACUUUUGGAUGUGGGGAACAUCGGGCGACUGGAGCAUCGCAUGAUAACAGUGGUGUAUGGGCCUGACCUGGUUAACAUUUCCCAUUUGAACCUCGUCGCUUUCCAAGAAGAAGUGGCUAAGGAAUGGACAAAUGAAGUUUUCAGUCUGGCAACAAACCUGCUGGCCCAAAACAUGUCCAGGGAUGCGUUUCUUGAAAAAGCCUAUACUAAACUUAAGCUGCAAGUCACUCCAGAGGGGCGCAUUCCUCUCAAAAACAUAUAUCGCUUGUUUUCAGCAGACCGGAAACGAGUUGAAACUGCUUUAGAGGCUUGUAGUCUUCCAUCUUCAAGGAAUGAUUCAAUACCUCAAGAAGAUUUCACUCCAGAUGUGUAUAGAGUUUUCCUGAACAACCUUUGCCCUCGACCAGAAAUUGAUAACAUCUUUUCUGAAUUUGGUGCCAAAAGCAAACCAUACCUUACGGUGGAUCAGAUGAUGGAUUUUAUCAAUCUGAAGCUGAGAGAUCCCCGGCUAAAUGAAAUACUGUACCCACCUCUAAAACAGGAACAGGUUCAAGUAUUGAUUGAAAAAUAUGAGCCCAAUAGUAGCCUCGCCAAAAAAGGGCAGAUAUCAGUGGAUGGAUUUAUGCGCUAUCUAAGUGGAGAAGAAAAUGGAGUCGUUUCACCUGAGAAACUGGAUUUAAAUGAAGACAUGUCUCAACCCCUUUCUCACUAUUUCAUUAAUUCCUCACACAACACCUACCUCACAGCUGGCCAGUUGGCUGGAAACUCCUCUGUUGAAAUGUAUCGCCAAGUGCUCCUAUCUGGCUGCCGCUGUGUGGAGCUGGACUGCUGGAAGGGACGGACUGCAGAAGAAGAACCUGUCAUCACCCAUGGAUUCACUAUGACAACUGAAAUAUCCUUCAAGGAAGUCAUAGAAGCAAUUGCGGAGUGCGCAUUUAAGACUUCACCUUUUCCAAUUCUCCUUUCAUUUGAGAAUCACGUGGAUUCCCCAAAGCAGCAAGCCAAGAUGGCGGAGUACUGCCGGCUGAUCUUUGGGGAUGCCCUCCUCAUGGAACCGCUGGAAAAAUACCCGCUGGAAUCUGGAGUCCCUCUUCCAAGCCCUAUGGACUUAAUGUAUAAAAUUUUGGUGAAAAAUAAGAAGAAAUCACACAAGUCAUCAGAGGGAAGUGGUAAAAAGAAGCUCUCAGAACAGGCCUCCAACACGUACAGCGACUCCUCCAGCGUGUUUGAGCCCUCAUCUCCGGGAGCUGGGGAAGCUGAUACAGAGAGUGACGAUGACGACGAUGAUGAUGACUGUAAGAAAUCUUCCAUGGAUGAGGGGACAGCUGGGAGUGAGGCCAUGGCCACAGAAGAGAUGUCUAACCUGGUAAACUACAUUCAACCAGUCAAGUUUGAGUCAUUUGAAAUUUCAAAAAAAAGAAAUAAAAGCUUUGAAAUGUCUUCCUUCGUGGAAACCAAAGGACUUGAGCAACUUACAAAGUCUCCAGUGGAAUUUGUCGAAUAUAACAAAAUGCAGCUUAGCAGGAUAUAUCCAAAGGGAACACGUGUGGAUUCAUCCAACUACAUGCCUCAGCUCUUCUGGAAUGCAGGGUGUCAGAUGGUGGCACUCAAUUUCCAAACAAUGGAUCUGGCCAUGCAAAUCAAUAUGGGCAUGUAUGAAUACAAUGGAAAGAGCGGCUACAGACUGAAGCCAGAGUUCAUGAGAAGGCCCGACAAGCAUUUUGACCCAUUUACAGAAGGCAUCGUAGACGGGAUAGUGGCUAACACUCUCUCUGUUAAGAUUAUUUCAGGUCAGUUUCUUUCUGAUAAGAAAGUCGGGACUUACGUGGAAGUGGACAUGUUUGGUUUGCCUGUGGAUACAAGGAGGAAGGCAUUUAAAACCAAGACAUCACAAGGAAAUGCUGUAAAUCCUGUCUGGGAGGAAGAACCUAUUGUGUUCAAAAAGGUGGUCCUUCCUUCUCUGGCCUGUCUAAGGAUAGCAGUUUAUGAAGAAGGAGGUAAAUUUAUCGGCCAUCGGAUCUUGCCAGUGCAAGCCAUUCGGCCAGGCUAUCACUACAUCUGUCUGAGAAAUGAAAGGAACCAGCCCCUGAUGCUGCCAGCUGUCUUUGUCUACAUAGAAGUGAAGGAUUAUGUGCCAGAUACGUAUGCAGAUGUGAUUGAAGCUUUGUCAAACCCAAUCCGAUACGUGAAUCUGAUGGAGCAGAGGGCUAAGCAACUAGCUGCUUUGACACUGGAAGAUGAAGAAGAGGUAAAGAAAGAGGCUGAUCCCGGGGAAGCUCCGUCAGAGGCUCCCAGUGAAACCAGGACGACUCCAGCGGAAAAUGGGGUGAACCACACCACGUCUUUGACACCCAAACCACCCACCCAGGCUCUGCACAAUCAACCAGCACCAGGUUCUGUAAAGGCUCCUGCAAAAACAGAAGAUCUUAUUCAGAGUGUCUUAACAGAAGUGGAAGCACAGACUAUUGAAGAGCUAAAGCAACAGAAAUCCUUUGUGAAACUUCAAAAGAAGCACUACAAAGAAAUGAAAGACCUGGUUAAGAGACACCACAAGAAAACCACUGACCUUAUCAAAGAACACACUACAAAAUACAAUGAAAUUCAGAAUGACUACCUGAGAAGAAGAGCAGCUUUGGAAAAGAGUGCCAAGAAGGACAGUAAGAAAAAGUCUGAGCCCAGCAGCCCUGACCAUGGCUCAUCAACAAUUGAACAAGACCUUGCUGCCCUAGAUGCUGAGAUGACCCAAAAGUUAAUAGACUUGAAGGACAAACAACAGCAGCAGCUGCUUAAUCUUCGGCAAGAACAGUAUUAUAGUGAAAAAUACCAGAAGCGAGAACAUAUUAAACUGCUUAUUCAAAAGUUGACGGAUGUUGCUGAAGAAUGUCAGAACAAUCAAUUAAAGAAGCUCAAAGAAAUCUGUGAGAAAGAGAAGAAGGAAUUGAAGAAGAAAAUGGAUAAAAAGAGGCAGGAGAAGAUAACAGAAGCAAAAUCCAAAGACAAAAGCCAGAUGGAAGAGGAGAAGACAGAGAUGAUCCGAUCAUAUAUCCAGGAGGUAGUGCAGUACAUCAAGAGGUUAGAAGAAGCGCAAAGUAAACGGCAAGAAAAACUCAUAGAGAAACACAAGGAGAUACGCCAGCAGAUCCUGGAUGAAAAGCCCAAGCUGCAGAUGGAGCUGGAACAAGAAUACCAAGACAAGUUCAAAAGACUGCCCCUCGAGAUUUUGGAGUUUGUGCAGGAAGCGAUGAAAGGGAAGAUCAGUGAAGACAGCAAUCAUGGUUCUGCUCCUCCCUCUCUGGCCAUGGACCCUGGAAAAGUGAACCAUAAGCCUCUUGCCAGUGAGGAGCCUGAAGGAGACAACCCGGGAAAAGAGUUUGACACUCCUCUGUAAUUGUUCCCACCAGGCCUUCAGAACAUGCAUGGCCACUCAAGUUCCAUCGGACUCUCUCUUACUACAAAGAUCACUGCCCAGGACCAUCUUCCUGAGAAGCAUUCCUUAGCCUAAAAUCCACACCAGAGAGAGAGUUCCAGAAGGAUCCAUGCAGAGGUGGUCCCAUGCCCAGGUUCUAUGUGUCAUGGGAAACUACUGCAGGUCUACUAGUGAAGAGUGCAUGUAUGUGGGAUU